AUGAGCGGGUUUGAAGUUGCCGGGGUUGUUCUAAGUGCCCUCCCACUGAUUAUCACCGCAGUUGGUAAAUAUAAAGCGACCGCGAGAAUCCUCAAGAAUUUCCGGCACAAGGAACCACACGUUCAGAAACUAAUUCAGGCCCUCGAAAAUCAGAAGUUUUGUGUUGAGAGUGAGCUGGUCAUUAUCUGGAAUGGGGCUUUUAGCAAGGAAGACCUUGUACCCAUGCCUCCAACCUCCAACGAUUUCAACAGCCCAAUGGUAGCCCUGGCCAUUCAGAAACACCUCGGUCCCGGGUAUCAGCACUUUAUUGCGGCUCUUUCACGAUGCGAGGAAGCAUUGGUCGAAAUUGCGACACACCUUCACGGGUUGGCAUCAAAUGGACAGGGUCUGUCUAUGCUUAUUCAAGGCAAUCCACCCCGACUGAAUGGGUCUUACGAGUUCACAAAAAAGAUCAAGUUUGCUUUGAAGAAAGAUGACUUGGAGAGACACGUCAAAGAUCUCGAGAACGCAACCAAUAAUUUGUCACGAAUCAGAGACUACAGUCGCUUACGAAUCCCGGUCACUCUUCAAUCCACCUCCUCGGCAGCAAGUAGAAUCAUGUCUUCCUUUGAUGCAAUUCGAAGCCAUGCCUGUCGACUGUACGCCACAAUUUCAACUGCUUACGCGGAAACAUGUCACCCGGAGCAUGAGGCACAUCUUUUCCUCCAAAGUAGGGCCAAGUCACUGCUUGCAAAAGGCCCAAAGCCGAGAAAGUCACCUGUUACUUUUACAAUAUCGUUCGGUCAGGUCGGCCCCGAUGAUAGAUGUAGCCCAUCUAUGGCCACCAAAGUGAAAAUCCUAGAAGGAGACACAUUCACUCCUCAGUCUAGUGAUAUCACUGUACCUACUCGUGGUGCCACUACAAUCAUCCAAAGCUCGUCGACUGACCAUCAUCGCGUAUCUUAUCAAAUUGACGCUCAAAUACGACACAGCAGGUCAACUCCUUUGACCAACCCCUCUAGCUCUAGUCAACAACCCUCCCCGCCACAGGUCAUCCAGGAUCUAUGCCUGCAUAUGUCCCAGGGAAUAGAGCUACAGGGCUUACAUUUGUCCAAGGAUGGACAGCUCUGUUACCACCAAAGCCCUGGGCGCGCAAUUCGGACACAACUUGGCAAAACAGCUAGUACUAUCCAUUCCCUGGACGAGCUUCUUCAGCCUACAUCUACCAUAAAGCUCUAUCUCAACUUCAGAAUUGCUUUAUCCUUCAAAAUAGCCUCCUCGAUACUGCAGUUAAAUGACACAAAAUGGUACCGCCGCCCUAUAACUAGCGACAUGAUCUACAUCUUAUGCGAGAACUCGGGAACACCUGGAUCAGCCCAUCGCCCCUUCAUCAGCCGAAAGUUUACUCCCUCUUUGGAGGAAUCAUGCGCACUCAGCGCUAAACGAGCAAUGCUUGAGCUCGGUAUCAUUUUGCUGGAGCUAUGGAAGAACCAGACGUUUGCCUCGUACGCUACUCAAUCUCAGAACCCAUAUCACACCUUGGGAGCUCGGUAUGACCUCGCACGUAACUGGCUAGAUGCCAAUAUGAACGAGGUUCUUCCCAUAUACUCAGAUGUAGUCACUAGAUGCAUUGAGUGCACCUUUGCGACUAGCAGCGCAGACUAUAAAUGGAGUGACACGGAAUUCAGGAAAUCGGUUUAUGACUAUGUCAUCAAGCCACUUGGGAAGCUGGUUUACCCGAGUCUUGGUGAAUAA